AUGGCGCAGCUUUCUUUUCUUACUCUCGCCGUACUCGGGCUCAGUGGUACAGUAGCAGCGCAAUCCUCCUGUGCCUCUGCCUGGGCUCAGUGCGGUGGGAGCAACUUUAAUGGGCCAACUUGCUGCGUCAGCGGGUCGAGCUGCUCAGUUCUGAACCCAUACUAUUCUCAAUGCGUUCCCGGGACCCAGGUUCCUGGAUCCGGAUCUGGUUCUAGUUCUACUCGUUCCUCCAGCACUACCACGGCAGGCGGUACGGGUCCUAGCACCACCGCUACCGCUGGAGGUGGUGCUGCAGGCACGUCGAAAUACACCACCAGUACUUCUUUCCCUGCGGCAACGGCUACCCAACCAGCAUAUCCCUCGGCCGACCCGAGCUCAUGUGGUGCUUGGACCCUGGUGGACAAUGUCUGCUGUCCAGAGUACUGUUUGUCGAACAACAAGUCCGAGUCGUGUACCAGCAGCUGCUCGGGUGGCUGCGGGACUCCUCCGUCGUCCAUGUGCAAGUCUGGCACAAUGUGGGGCGAACAACUUGAGGUUGGCACGGACGAGGACUGGCAUUAUAGUCGCUCAACACAUUUUGGUCUGACCAGUGGAGGCGCCUGUGGCUUCGGUCUGUACGGCCUUUGCACCAAGGGAAGCAAAACUGCCAGCUGGACUGAUCCCAUGCUGGGAUCGACCUGCGAUGCCUUUUGCACGGCGUACCCGCUGUUGUGUAAAGAUCCCUCGGACGUCACCCUGCGAGGCAACUUUGCCGCGCCAAACGGUGACUAUUACACCCAGUUUUGGCCCUCUUUGAUCGGGGCGUUACCCGGUAGUCCUGAUAACUAUCUCUCCUGCGGUGAAUGUUUCGAACUUAUUCGGACCAGAGCCGACGGUACUGAAUACCAGGUGGGAGACUCUGGGUACACUGACCCCAUUUAUCUCGAGGUCGUAGACAGCUGCCCGUGCAGCGCAAAUUCCAAGUGGUGCUGUGGCUCGGGUGCUGAUCACUGCGGCGAAAUCGAUUUCAAGUAUGGCUGUCCACUGCCCGAGGGGAGCCACCACAUGGAUCUGUCCGACAUUGCCAUGGGUCGUCUGCAAGGGAACGGCAGUCUGACCGAUGGAGUCAUUCCCAUCCGUUACCGGCGCGUGCCCUGUCCGAAACCCGGAAACGCCUACGUCUGGCUGCGCGACGGAGGUAGCGAGUAUUACUUCGCCCUCAGCGUUGUCAACACCAACGGCGUGGGCUCGAUCACCACUGUGGAGGUCAAGGGCAAGGGCUCCAACUCUUGGGUUGCUCUGAAGCGAGACCCCAACUACACAAGCAGUCGGCCGCAGGAACGCUAUGGUGCUUGGGUGGUCCCCCAGGGUAAGGGGCCUUUCUCGCUGCCCGUUGGGAUCAGGGUGACAUCCCCGGACGGCCAGCAGAUUGUGAAUGAGAAUGCCAUCACUUCCUUCACUGCACCAACCGGGUCGGUGGAAGGAUUUUACUAUAUCGACCUGGGAGUGCAGUUCACUUAG